AUGCAGAACAACUUGAUCGCCUGUGUGAUCGUCGUCUUCCUCUGCAUCAUCUCCUCCACCAUUGUGGGCGCCAUCAGCGUCCUCGCUCGCAUGGUGCCCGCAACCAUGGUCAACGCCUACCUCUACCUCACCGCCUGCAAGUUCACCCCAUCAGUUGUUACUCGACUCUGUCACUUUGCCGGUUUUGACAGCUUCAUUACCAUUGUCACAGAGACGCAUUAUAGGCAUCUCACUCUGCACACACUCCUUCUCUUCUGUUCUUCUUCCUUUUGCAAUGAGGCCUAA